UGACAUUAUGUCAUUGUCUCUGAUUCUCUGUUUCUGACUGAAGACGAAAUUCUGGCGAAAAAAGGAAUUUUAUGGAAUGGAAAGUGAAAUUACAGGGGAAUAUACUUCAAGCACAUAAAAAUGUUCACUCGAUCCAGAUUGUUUUUCUCCAGGACCAUCCCAUUGCGCAAUGUUUUUAACGUGGAUUACCAAAACAAUACACACAAUAAUGCUCGGUUUUUAUACAGCAUAACGACUACAAGAAGUCGGUCUACUACUCCGCUCAAUACCAUUGUCAUGUUUGUUCCACAACAAGAGGCAUGGAUCGUGGAGCGUAUGGGUAAAUUUCACCGGAUUCUUGAGCCAGGACUGAAUCUGUUGUGGCCCAUAGUAGAUAAGAUAAAGUAUGUGCAGAGCUUGAAGGAAAUUGCAAUUGACGUUCCGAAACAGAGUGCCAUCACAUCAGACAAUGUUACAUUGAGCAUUGAUGGAGUGCUUUAUCUUCGUAUCAUUGAUCCUUAUUUAGCAUCAUACGGAGUUGAAGAUCCUGAGUUUGCUAUCACACAGCUGGCUCAAACUACUAUGCGUUCCGAACUUGGUCAGAUUUCACUGGACAAGGUAUUCCGGGAGAGAGAAUCACUGAAUGUAGCUAUUGUUGAUGCCAUCAACAAAGCCAGUGAGGCUUGGGGCAUCACUUGUCUGCGAUAUGAAAUUCGGGAUAUCAAACUGCCCACUCGUGUGCAUGAGGCUAUGCAAAUGCAAGUGGAGGCCGAGCGGCGGAAAAGAGCAGCUAUCUUGGAGUCUGAGGGAGUGCGCGCUGCUGACAUCAAUGUCGCCGAGGGCAAGCGACAGGCUAGAAUAUUGGCGUCAGAGGCUGAAAAACAAGAACAGAUAAACAAGGCAUCUGGUGAGGCACAAGCUAUGCUAGCUGUUGCUGAAGCUCGCGCUAGGGGACUGAAGCUUAUUGGGGGUGCUCUAGCUCAAAGGGAUAGCAAGCAUGCCGCCUCUUUGACUCUGGCUGAACAAUAUGUGUCUGCAUUCAACAAACUAGCGAGAACCAAUAAUACCCUCAUUCUACCGGCGAACGCAGGAGAUGUAUCCAACUUAGUGGCUCAGGCAAUGUCAAUAUAUUCAACAGUGACAGCACACAACACACAAGGCAAAACACAGCCUGAAAUCUCAGAAAGUUAUGAGGAGCCUCUAGUCAAACUUAAUGCUUUAACAGAAAAGGGGUCCACGUUGGCUGGCCCAGCUAUUGCCAAUUAUGAUGACACCUUAGCAGAAUACUUCUCAGACGAUGAAGAAAGGGAAAAAGCAUUAAGGGGUCUUAAAGAGAAAAAAGACUUACAAUCACAACAGCAAAGUAAACUAGAAAAGGACACAUAGAAUUGUUAUUUAGUGCCAGCCUUGUAAACCUUUCAAACACCAGCAUACAUUAAAAAAAGAAUUCUUUAUGGUCUUCCAAAAUUAUUUUUCAUUGUUUUCUUGUAAAGUAAUAUUGGCAAAUUGGGUACUAUCCUCGGUCAAAAAUAAAUUAUUACAACUUUUCAAUACAAUAAAAUAUUUAAAAAUAAUCACACUCUCAUUCAUAAAUUUGAUGAACUAUUUAAUUUUCGAUUUUUUCUAGCUAAAUUUCUAGAAAUAAGUCUGCUAUUUGACGUCAUAACGCACUAUUUCAUACAAAGUUCAUAGAAAAUAUCGUUUUUGACGUUUCGAAAAAAGUAUUGAAUUUGACUAGUAGGAAAGUAGCCUAUUGCAAUAAUAAUUAUAGUUUCUAGUUUUAUGUGUUGAAGUUCUAUGAAUACAAUGCAUGUUUUUGAAAAAGUAAAUUAUAUUUCUUAGGUUUAGUUAUGUGGUGUUAAAAAGGUUUCAAAAACCAUUUUCUCUGCAUUUCAAUAUGUAGCUGUGGAACUUUGUUGUGUACCUCUGUGCAUUAGGAACUAGUUCUGAAAGAAAAACGUAAAACAAUUGCAAUGAAAUGCAUUUAUUUUAACACAUUGUACAGUACAGUCAGUUCCAAGUGUAACAAAAUGUUAAUGUACAGAUAUGCAAUAUUUUUAAAAUAAAUCAUAUCUCAUUAGUUGGUCACCUUAAGUUAUUUAUUGUGAAAUAACUGGAGAAAAUUAAAAUAAACUAUUACAAAAAAACAUACAAAAAUAAAUCUUUUCAUCUCUA